AUGGCGAAGUUCUCCUCCAUUACGACUCUCGGUCUCUCUAUGCUGAGUAUGACCACCGGCGCGUACGUGAACCCCGGCGCGUGUUCCGGCGUCUGUGUGAACACUCACGACCCCAGUAUCAUCCGUCGUGCUGACGGCACAUACUUCCGUUUCUCGACUGGCGGUGGGAUCGCUGUGCACUCUGCCCCAGACCUCACCGGUCCAUGGGAGUACAAGGGCGCUGUGCUACCCGACGGAACGAACAUUAAGCUUUGGGACGGCAAGAUGGAUGCUUGGGCUCCUGAUGUUCACCUCGUGGGUGAUACGUACUACUUGUACUAUUCGGCUGUUCGAGAUGUGGCCUUCGACGGACACAAUCUAGCGGCAAUUGGAGUUGCUACCUCCACGACGAUGGACAUUGGGUCGUGGAAGGACCUGGGAAGCACUGGUAUUCAGAGUAAUGACUCCAGUGAGUUCAAUGCUAUUGACCCCGAUCUCUUUGUUGAGGACGGUCGCAACUACAUGAUCUUCGGUAGCUACGAGGAAGGUUUGUACCAAGCAGCCAUGAAUAACCCUCCAACUUCUGUCGUUCCAGACUCGUACGCCAAGCUCGCGUACGAACCUGUUGGUAUACACGCUGAAGAAGGCGCCAACAUGUUCAAGUACGGGGACUACAAUUAUCUCUUCUUUUCACAUGGCGUGUGCUGCAGCUUCGAUACGAAGAAACCAGCGGCUGGUGAAGAAUACAAGAUCAAGGUCUGCCGUUCUAAGUCUGGCGUAAUGGAUUUCCGUGACUCUGAGGGAAAGCUUUGUACUGAAGGAGGCGGCACCGUUGUGCUUGCGUCGCAUGGCGACGUGUAUGGUCCUGGAGGCCAGGGCGUCUAUGACGAUCCGACUUAUGGUCCCAUUCUGUACUACCACUAUGUCAACACGACUAUUGGUUAUGCUGAUGGCCAGAAACAGUUUGGCUGGAACAAGCUUGACUUUUCGAGUGGUUGGCCGGUGACGACGUUGGCUUGA